AGAAGAAGAAAAGGAAACAGAAGAAGAAAAUCAUUGGUGCGAAAAGCUACCAUCGGCAGCUGUCACUGGGAAACCAUUAAACUCCUGGCAAAGAGACCGGUAGCUUAUCAGCUACCAUCAUUCCCACCAACUCCUCAUUCUUGCAACUUGGAUUUUACUUUAUAGUGCUCUCCAUUGUUGAUAAGAAGAUGAGCUCUGACAGCAACAGCCCAACAACAGACUUGAAAAGUAUCAGUAUUGUCAAGCCCGACCCAAGUGAGGCCAGCAUGUUUUUCUGCUUCACUAACGAAGUUUCUGAAUUUGGAGUUCGGGACCAAGUUGAGGCACCAGAGGAUCGACAUGGUGUCAAGCAAAGGUUGAUGAUCAAAGAAGAAUCUCCUGAAGACCACAAACCUUGUGUUGACCUACAUGAUCCAAAGCUGAUGGUAAAAGAAGAACCUAAUGUAGACCAUAUACCUUGGGCUAACCCACAUGACCUACAUCAAAUGGUUAAAGAAGAAUCCUCUGAAGACCACAAACCUUGUGCUAACCUUUAUAACCUGAAUGUGAUGGUAAAAGAAGAAUCUUCUGAAGACCAAAGACCUCUUGCUGACCAUCAUGACUUCAAUCUGAUGGUUAAAGAAGAAGCUCAUGAAGACGACACACCUUCUGCUGACCAUCAUGACCUAAACCCGGUAGUUAAAAAAGAAUCUCAAGAAGACCACAGACUUAGUGCUGAGCAUCAUGACUUCAAUCUGAUGGUUAAAGCAGAACCUCCUGAAGACCACACACUUUGUGUGAGCCUACAUGACCAAAAGCCCCCUGACAUUAAGGAGGAACGGGAGGGAGUCUGCCCCCGCCUUGAAGGAGAACAGCCCGAUUUGAAGGAGGAGUUUGCUGAACAAUCCAAUCCCAAUUGCUGCCUUCAGAAAGACAUGACUAAUUCAGAAAUUGGGUCUUCAAGCUAUCUGGAUAACGAGACAUGUUUCACAGAGGAUAUCAAUGCAGACUUGCAAAAAAAAGACCAAACAGAGGCGAAGUUUAGCUGCGAAGAUUGUGGUAAAACUUUCGCUGUAAAACACUAUUUAAACAUUCAUAGGAAAAUCCACACUGGACAGAAACGUUGCUUCUGUGACAUAUGUGGACACAGCUUCAGCCUGAAAGGAAAUUUAAGCAAACACAAGAGAAUCCACACAGGACUGAAACCUUUCUGUUGUGACAUAUGUGGGCAAAGGUUUACACAAAAAGCAAGUUUAAACAGACAUGAGGUAAUCCACACAGGACAGAAAUCUUUCUCUUGUGAACUAUGUGGGCAAGGAUUUAACCAGAAGGAAUAUUUGAACAAACACAUGAAAAUCCACACAGGGGAGAAACCUUUCUGUUGUGAUUUAUGCGGGAAAAGAUUUAGCCUGAAAGGGAAUUUUAACAAACAUGUGAGAAUCCAUGCACGGAAGAAAUCUUUCUGUUGUGAUAUGUGUGGAGAAAUAUUUACUUUAAAAUCAGCUUUGAACAAACACAUGAGAGUCCACACAAGAAAGAGACCGUUCCCUUGUGAGCUAUGUGGACAAAGAUUAAAACUACAGGAAGACUUAGAAACACACAUGAGAAUCCAUGCAGGACUGAAACCUUUUAGCUGUGAUCAGUGUGGACAAAGAUUUACCCAAAAACCUAAUUUAAACACACACAUGAAAAUUCACACAGGACAGAAACCUUUUGGUUGCGAUUUAUGUGGAAAAAGAUUUACUCAGAAAACUAAUUUAAACUCUCAUAUAACAAUCCACACAGGGCAGAAACCUUUUUGUUGUGAUCUAUGUGGACAAAGAUUUACACGGAAAACUAGCUUAAACAGACACAUGAGAAUCCACACAGUUAUGAUCUAAACGGACAACUGUCUACUCAACAAUCAAGUUCAAAGUGAAGCUCAUCCCGAUGUAAAAACAUAAUUCUCCCUCCAGAUUAACUUUGAAAACCAUCACCAAAGUGGUUGGUGCCAAGAGAUGCUGAAUGACGAACCUAAAGCUUGUUAAAUAUUCCACAAAAAGCGGGACUUUUUUGUCUUGGUUUGGAAUUCCCCUGCUUAUUUUAGUUGGUAAUCACUGCAGUGAACAGUUAUGUGAUAAUUUGAGGAUCAACUAAUAUAUGAAAAUAUGAAUAUCUAUAUGAUGCAUCUUCUUAGUAAUGUUUAGCACUUAUCAGUAAUCUGGUGGAUCAUGGUGCAUUCACACCAAAUGCGGUGUCUGUGGCAAGGGCGGUCUAUAUAGUAUUCCUAUGCAAACCCCCAAGAUCUGAAAGGUGUCCAGUGGAGAUUUCAGUUUGACAGAACUGAGGGGUUGUCAAACAGCAGCACCACGAGGAAAGAGUGGAGAGGCAACCGCUAAAGUUUAAAAAUCUGAACUUUUCUGGGACUCACAUCACGAAAACCAACUGGAACUGGUUGUGUUGUGACAUAGGUUGAAGAAGUGCAGCUGAGAGUAAUCUUUUAUCAUUAAAAAUUGAAUAUAGAGGAAAUAAUUUUAACAAAGGAUGAAAUAAAGAAUGCUCUUAAUGGCUUUUACAAAAGCUGUUGUAAUUUAGCCCUAGAUGUGGGUGUUUCCCAACCAUGGUCCCCAGGGACCCCUGUUCUGCAUGAUUUAGGCGUUUCCUUGUUGCAUCCCACCAGAGGACUGGGGUUGGUAACCACUGCCCUAGAAGUACCGUUGAAUCUGAUCAUCAUCCAGACCAGGCUUUGAGCUAAGAAUAUUUCAUAGGAUGUACACCUGGAUGUAUCACAUCUUUAGGCUUCGUGCGGUGUAGCGGGGUCUGGGAAGGGGGAUCCUUUCCUUUCCCGGGAUCAUUGUGAAAUUUAGACUCCUUGAAAUGCUAUUUCCUGCUUUAUGAUGUAGAUUGCUGCUAACUUUUUGUCAUUGUUAACUUACUUUUGUCCUGAUUAUGGGAGAUAUUUGUGCUUGACUAGAGAUGGAAAUUUCAUAAGACAUUAGAUCAGUUUCAGUGGAGGGAUCAUAGCACUCUGCAUCAGCAGUACUGUCUUUCACCUUGAUCAGCUUCUCUGAUUGGUUGAUGUGUCGCAUCGAGCAGCAUGUUACGUUUUUCCAUCUGCAGCUUCUGAAAUUUUGAACAUUUGAGUGAAGUUUCCAGGAGAAAAAUAGGGUGUACAAUUUGUCUUUUUUUUUCUUGUGCCUGAUCCAGUCACAUCCCUGGAUGAACCAAAGUGAUCUACUUUUAUAGCACUUCUGGGGCUUUUAAUUCAUUUUUAAGGUUUUCUCAAGCUGAUUCAUAAGUUGUUCACAGAGAAAAAUGUAUCAGUAGUUUAUAAUAUGUUUCAACCGUACUGUUAUUGUGAAGUGCCAAUAGUGAGAUUUGUCAGGAAAUGCUAUGGGGUUGCCAGGUGUAAACAUCAGAUCCAAAUUUAAGGAUCUGGUAGACUGAUGAAUUACUAAAUACUUAAUUAAUGAAUUGUUAGGUCCAGGGCCAACCCGGGAUUGCCAUAUUAUCUUUUGCAAUAACUUUAUUUUCUGUGCACUAAAAGAUUAGACCAGGUCUGAGCUUAAUCAAGGGUAUGGUAGCCUCUAGAUUACCUUAAAGAUAUCUUUAAUAUUUCUGAAACAAAUGGCUGAAAUGUGAGCUUCACGCAGCUGAAGCUCCUCCUAUUUGAUAUUCAUGUUCAAAACACUCAAGGCUGUCAUCUCUAACCCAUUGGGCAUGAGACUCGCGCAUCUCAGUGUCUUUAGAUGCUUUCACUCCAUAUCUGCAAAUAUUCACUCUAAAAAAAUGACGGACAUUAAAACUCAACUCUAUUCCACUUAUUUAUAUAUAAAAAGACCAUGUUUAUAAAAA